AGCUUUACAUGGUAAAAUUAACUAGUAACAUUAAUACAAUCUUCAUUACCAUUCAAAAUGGCUUUAAAACACGGAAUAACAAAACGGAAACAAUCUGACGAAGGAACAGACCAAGGAGCGUCGAGUAGUGGUGGUGUCGGGAGUCAAUCUUCGCCUAAAUCCGGUACUAUUUCUCGGAAGCAGAAGAAAGUAGCAACCAAGCAGAAGAAAAUAUCGAAGCAAGUUGCACAAGAACAGGUGCAGAACAGGAUUCGCAACAAACUUCUCAUAGCUGUUGUUCUAUACAUUGUGAUCGGUGGAGCUGCCGUGUAUUGGUUCGGAUUGCCUAAACCUAAAGACCUCCCACCAGAGGUCGAAGCCGAUAUUCUGGGAUCGUAUCCUCAUGAAAUAGCAAAAGAAGAUUUGCCGAAAGGAUUCUACGAGGAAGAGCCGAAGAGGAUGGGAUUGUCUCAAGAUAAAAAGGAAACCUCUGAAAACGGCUCAGAACAUGAACAAGAAAAAGAGCAAACGUCACAAAAAGGAGCAAAAUCCGACUCUGAGAAAUCUUCAAACCCGGAUCCGGUGAAAAACGCGGCUGGAGGAAUUGGAGCGGAAGCUGUCGAAAUGUUCCCGAAUUUUGAAGAGCAUGUUCAGACCGGAUUUAAAUUAAAAGCAAAGGAUGGACAGAAGUGGAAAAAAUUGAAAAUUCUGAAGAAUAACGCAACUUCGAAAGUACAGAUUUACAUCAUGGACAAUUUUCUGUCUGAAUUUGAAUGUAACGGUUUAAUGCGUGCUCACCUGCGCCACCUACAGGCCCAUGAAGGUCAUGACCCAAUAACAUGCUUCAGUGGAAUAGCGAGUCUCAAACAACAUUUACAAGAACAUGGCCUGAAAAAGAUGGCACCGAAAAUGUCGGAAUAUGAUUUUAUUCCUGGUACUCUUUGUUUGAACGAUUCAAUGUCUUCAAAAGUUGGUAAAAAUUUACCAUGGAGUUACAGCACUUCAUUCUAUCCGGGAGAAAGCAAAUUCUCAUCUGUGUUUGACGAAAGAGUCAAUAAAUAUGCAGGAUUGGACCCAAGAAAUGGAGGCAAAUUUCAGGUGACGUCAUACCCGGAAGGAGUGGGCUACAAAGGCCAUCAUGACUGUACGGUUGACAGUCCAGACAAGAGAGAUCGGUUUGCUACAAUCCUUGUAUAUUUACAAGAUGUAGAAGAUGGCGGAGAAACAGAAUUUCCAGAUCUUGGGGUCAAAGUUCGUCCAAAGAAAGGUCGAGCUCUGCUUUGGAAUAACAUGGGAUCAGAUGGAAACUGCGAUUUGCAUUCAUUUCACAAAGCAGCUAUGGUUACAAAAGGAAGGAAAUAUAUUUUACAAAGAUGGUAUUACUACCAAAACUUUCCUAUGCUCGGUAAAAGAACUCCACAGCCGAGUCUUCCAAAAAGAAACGAAUUCACAGCUCGAGUAUCUUGCGAUCAAUAUCAGUUUGGAAGUUGUAGAUGGUACGAUGAAUGGACUUACGAUCACAUUACGUCAUACAGUCAAGUGAAGCAUACCCUCAGAUGACGAUGAGGUCAUAAAAUGACGUACUAUAUGACUUCAGAGCAAAACUGUUGAAAAAUAAAAACAGUGUACCACGUCAUAGCCACUGUUGCGUGAAAGAACGAACUAAUUUUCGUAAUAAGCUGAACGUAAUUUAUGACGUCAUAAUAUAACGUCGUCAUCAGAGUCUCAAAGACAGAUAAUAUUCAGAUUGCUCGUUUUUUUUAUCUUAUUCAGAAAAAAGGCUUUUUUUAAUUAAGAUUUUUUCACUGUAAUUAUUAUUUCUUUGAAUAGAGCGAAUUUUUUUUUUCACUGUUUAUGUGUACCAUGUGAACUACUUUAUUGUUUUGUCUGUUUGAGGUUGUUAUUGUUCAUAACUUGCAUGUCGGAUAUUUAACGGUGCAUUUUUGACCACGAUGCUGAUUGAAAAUUCCCUGUUAAAACUUCAAAUAGCAUUUGUCAUAAACAAGGCUUAGGACAAGAGUUUUCAAACACAAUUUUUGGCACUCCCAAGAUGGCGGACACCGGAACGUAGUGUGGGUACCAGGUUAGGACGUAAUUUUAUUCCAAUUUCAGUUCAAUUACGAGUUCGGGGACUAGCCAAGUGACUCCCAUAGUAUUUGUACCUGAAAUUAUGGUCUAACCCUAACCUGGUACACACACGACGUUCCGGUGUCCGCCAUCUUGGUGCACAUACUACGGGAGUGCUCAAUUUUUCGAUUGUCAAAAUAUACUCUGGCGUAUCUGAUUCGCAUUUAUUUCAUAAUUAUCCCAGAUUCUUGCUAUCUGAAUUUUAUAGUUUGUGCCAAACAGAUAAUUUUGGAAACGCUCUAAAAUCCUUUGUUUGUUCUUUGAAUUUACCUAAUACCUACCAUGCCUAUGAUGUCGGUGAAAAGUUGACUCCAAUCCGACAUCCUGCAGAUAAAGAAUUUAACUACGAAUCCGGUCCUGUAUUCUAUCGCAGUACUACGGGAUAGCAAAAUUUUGGCAACCAAAAGUAAUUUUUGUUAUUGAAAAUUUUCUGAAAUUCUAAAUCUAAUUCCGGUGGAUUACCAGCAAAAACGCUAAAAUCGACAGCGAUUCAAUGGGGAUAUUUGUUUUAUAUAUUUGCAAUCUUACUAAAUCUCGUUGCAAACUUGAAAUUUCUCUCGUGAUUCAAACUAUAACAACCUUACUUGUUAUUUUAUUGUUUUCCUGCUUUUUAUUUUCUUUGAAGAAUAAAAUGGAACGUCGUAAAAGUA